AUGAUCCAAAGACAGGCUUCCGAUUUUACCACUGGCAAUCCACGUCUUGGUGUCUUCUUCGGACCGAUUCAGGUGGCUGUAGUGUACCCGACAUUUGCUAUUCUCUGCUGGGAGGCCCCACGGUUCAUUGAAAAAUGUUCUCGUUCAGAGAACGUCCAGUGGCAUUAUACAACCGAGUGGAAUGGCUCGCAUGCCCAUGCAGCGCAUCCUCUUAGUCUUUCAUCUGAUGCUUUACAUAUCACCAUCCCGUUGCUCUACCCAGGCGAGACGGUUUACGUGCGUUUAAUCGCUAAGGGCACCCUAAAGAACGGCACGAUUGCAUUGGGAUCUGCUAAAAUUUCAUUUUUAGCAAGCUGCACUGCACCUAUGCCAUGGCUACGUCCUGGAGCAUUGAACAGUCCUCUUUUGUUCGAUGCAUUGUAUAUGUGUUCGAAUGAUUUAAUACCAAUGACCUUUUUGAAAUAUCGCUCCGACGUGAGUAGGAUUGACGAUAAAGGUUAUUGCGUCCUCAACACGGCUGUACAUUGCCACAAGGUACACAUAUUGUACAAAAAGCUACAGCUGCCUGCUGAGAGUUCCUCUAUCUACUAUCUUGUGGUAACCAGCACUGCAAAAAAGGAAGGCCGAAGAGAAAAGCUUUCGACCUCAGCUUUACUAGAGACGUUGUGUGAGGAGCAGGCGGCAGUGGUUUUCUGCGGUGUUGGAGAACUCGGCACGAUUGCGGCGAUGAGUGCCUAUAGUGUGUUUGCGUUCUUAACGCCGAACACUGAAUCAGGCCUGGUAGAGGGCUUGGGGUCACGUAUUCUUUGCAUAACGUACGGCACCGCCCGCCGAAGUUUUACGCACGAACCGCCUUUGCUUCACAAUGCUGCGCAUCUUAGCGGUAACGUUCUUUCUUAUUCAAACUUUGCAAAGCGCUGCGAUGCCUCUGCGGAGCUCUCAGACGUCAUGUCUACCGCUAGUGCCUCAUUUUCUUCCAAAGAAGGGGAAGGGACGCUGCUGGACGUGCCUUUAGGCAUACGUGUCGCGCCCCAACUAAACCCUCAGUUGGGUUGUUUUAGACUUUCACUCGAGAUCUCUAACAUGGACCCUGUGACGGACGACGAGCAGUUGGAAUGUCUACAUAUUCCUCAUCAUCUAAGCUUAUUGUGCGAUCUUGUACUUCCUUGUAGUUCUCGUGGUCUUCUCGCACCGCGCAUCCACAGUAUACGCUAUCGAGUCAUCGAUAUGGCGACACUUCUGUUGGAUAUUCAGGGUAUUCAUCUUCACUUCAACCCACUUGUUACCGGCGUAUGUUGCACAAACGGCUUCCCGCUGGUGAUGACCAUGCGAAAUUCUUCUCCAAGCCUCAUCACAGCCUCCGUUUCCAUGAUGCAGGUGGUCGUGCAGCCAGGUAUUUUUUCUGCCGACUGCGCCAAACCAUCGGGUGAUGGUCAUUUGAUGGUUCAGGUGCUGGUGCAAACCGAUUUGGGAAUCGUAGAGACUAAGACGUCCGUCCCAAUUCCAAUUCCUGUUGGAAUGAUUGAGCUUAUACGACACGCAUACGACACCAAGUCUGCUUUUUCAGCUUGGCUGACAGGACUUCCGUCUGUUUUUAUGGAUGCCAGCGUAAAUUGCCUGCUCUUUAUCGCUGGCAGUAGCACUUGUGUUAUGCAUCGAAACAACACGUUAAGUCUGGGGGAUCCUCUUAAGCAGAAGCUGACUAACUUGACUUCGGCUGCGGAACUGUCUUCCCAUUAUGCGCACCAUCAACAACAAGCUGAGGGAGGUUUCAUGGCUUUUGCAUCCGCUGUCGCUUCCAGAUUUAUGCGGAAGCCUGAUCCUGUGGUGCCGGGUUUUUUUACCCUAUCUCCUCCCUUUCAAUUUAAAGGAUCUGAUUUUAUCAGCUACAUACUGGGUGUGUACAGCGAGGGUAAAGCGACAUGCAUGACAGAAUUUUUAACCCGUGUAUCCCACUGGAAAAUGCAAAUUUUCCAUGGUCUGCCUCACCUUAGUGAUCAGGAAUACGAAAUGAAGCUGCAGCGUCUGCUUUUCAUGUUUCAUGUGAUGGAUGUAGCUCGAGACCUCCCAUUGGUCGGCUUGGAGCUUCUGCUCUAUGCGAGUGUACUUCAGCAUCUGCGCAGCAGUGAUAGUAAUAUUGGUUUAGUAGAGGACAGUGUUUGCCCCUGUUUCACAGAGACCUUAUCCUUUGAAAAAUUUUACGAGUUGUUCUACCCACUUUUUUUAGCCUCUGACUCUUUGUUGGGUGGUAUUGAGGCUAAAAUCGUAUGUGAGGUAGCACAUCUGUGGGGUAUUUGCUUGUUUCUGGAGCUACGGUACGUGCAGACCCUUAUCCAUGUGGUCGCGGUAACCGGUUGCCAUGGCAGUGGACGCUCUACAAUAAUCAACACCCUCCUUUCAACGCUUCGUAAUUCAAAGGAGGCCCCGAACUGUAAGGAAGUUGUACUACGGCAGAUAGAUGAGGACGAGUUGGAGCUUCUGCAGCAGAUAAUGCGACUCGGCAUACCAACCACAGUGUUUGUCGUGGGGGAACUCUCUGAUUUCACCGGAACAAUAUUUUCGUCGAUUGUAUGUACUGUACGGAGUAGUGCAAAAGACCACGGACAACAAAAGGUUCAUCUUGUUGUGUCUAAAGUAGACGAGCAUCUAUCCUGCCAUGUAGCGACGAUGCAAGCCGAGUUUUCUUCCCUAAACAAUUGCGAGGAGGCUGAGAUAUUUCUAGCUGUGAGGCGUGUUCUAGACACCGUAGAAAGUUCGCUGCUUGCUCACAAUGAUGGACCUGUUUCAGCUCUGUCAUUGCUUCCUUCUUCUGUUUUCAUUCGAAGCCUCUUUCAUUGUCUUGGUGAACAUGACAUUUGCGGUGAGGAUCGGUUUGCCUCUGCACUUGUAUAUUUUUCUCGACAAACACUGCUUUCUGCCCUCACAGAGGGUUUGCAACCCCGGGCCAGUUCAUGA